CAUCACAUAAACACAUACGAAUAUGUACAUGUACGCAUAUAAGUAUAUGUUUGUGUGUGCGUGUGUUGUUUGCGUGCACAUGUAGGUCGCGCACAACCACAGACUUCGGGUUCGUAGCGGGAAUCCACCCACUGCUUCCCCCGCCUCCGCACUCGCCACCAGGGUCCUCAGCUGCCUCCUCGUCUGUUCUGAGUUCGACACGUUAGCCGAGAUCUUGCACAGAAAUGCGGUUGCGUUGUAGGUUCUUCCUCUUCCUUACGUACGUCUUGUUAGUGGAGAGCCGUGUCGCCAAGAGAGAAACGGGUGAAAAGGUUUUAUUUAGUGAAGGAAGGAGUGAUAACGUUGAAAAGGGAAAGAGAGAAUCGGAAAAUGGAUUGGAACUACAGCGGAAUAACGCCGAAGGUAGUUUUAAAGACGACGCGGCAGAGAGCGAAGGCCUUGCACUGCCUCAUCAGCUGGACUACGUGAUGUCAAGUGAUACAGUGAACGGAAAUGAAGACGAAGGGGAGUCUUCCGCUGUGGGCAUUUACGGGCAGGAGGAACACAGCCUCCGAGAGAAGAGAUCGUUUCCUCUCUUCGGAUUCCUGAGCUUUUUGAUGCUCAUGCUCAACAGCAUCCUUCUUAUCAACCAGAAUAUCAACAUCAAUAACAACAACAACAACAAUAACAAUAACAACAAUAACAACAACAACAACAACGAAAACAUGAACAACAACGGUCGUCGUCUCUUCCGGUUGUUGCAGGAUUUCGGGGAGGAAGUCGCCGAGUCCUUCACGAACGUGGCGUCCUAUGCCUUCAACGGAGGGAAUGAUGCCAGCGGCGGAGAUGAGGCUGCUCCUGGGACGUCACUCGGAGGGGCGAGUGAGAGAAGGAUGCUGCAGGUAGGGAAGGGGGAAUCCGGGCAUCAUCUGGUCAAGAGAGAUUUCUCCGUGUUCAGCAUGAUCAACUUCCUCCUCGUGGUAUUCAACGCCAUCAUCAACAUCGUAAACAACAUUACCAACAACAAUAAUAACAACAAUAACAACAACAACAAUAAUAAUAACAAUAAUAACAAUAACAACGAAAACGUCAACAAUGGAAGAAAGAAACGCGAUGUGUUAAAAGACUUGGAAGAAAUGCUGUUUCCUCUCGACUCUGAAUUCAGUGACGUCCCCUACGACAGAGAUUCAGCAAUACACGAAAGCACAAACUUUAACCAGCUAGAGUCUACGACCCCGUAUAACAUCGUCGAUUCCAAAGCGACAACGAAAACAACCAUCGGAGACAAGGAACUGAAAACCAAAAAUUCCCACUCCGAGGGCAUAUUCGCACACCUGUCGAACUCCGCCAAAUGGAUCAACACAAAAGCCGGAUACCUCAACGUCCUCCUGCAGGUGUAUUCCAAAGACCUCCUGCGGAAGGAGCACGCGGCGGAGGGAAGAACCACAGGCGCCCUAGAGGAAGCCCCAUCCCCCCUCUUCCCUAUGGUCAGCUUCUUCGUCCUGUUCCUCAACCUCAUUCAGGACAUCAAGAGAAAAACUCUCGGGGAAGAGAACUCGGUCUCGAUGCUUCGGACCUUCGACCGGACCGUGAAGCAGGUUGAACGAAGCGGGGUGCUCGACGGGGAGGCGGCUGCUCUGAUGGCCUUUCUGAAGAAGCAAAGACACUGGUGGGACGAAGUUGCGGGAUUCUAGGCUAACUGAAACUUCAUAUUUUCAUGUUUCAUUUUUUUUAUCAACUAUAAGUUAUACGGUUUUACUUCACCUGAGUUAUUAUUAUUGUCAUCCGCUUUAUUAUUAUCAUUAUCAUAUUUUCUCUUUGUGUCAUCAUUUGUGAAUCUGUUAUGCGGUUCUAUUUCAUUUGUGUUAUUGUUUAUUCUUUUUUUGUCAUCCUUUAUGCAUCUGUCAUUGGUUUAUUCAAGCAUCUACGUACAUAUCAUGAAUGUAAAAUACAUUGUCCAA